GGGGCGGGCCCAAGUAGGCCGGGCUUGGGCGCCGGCGGUAGUAAGUAAGCAGGCAGGCAGGGCCGAGAGAUAUGCGGCAAGGGCUCUCCCGGCUUCUCUGCGUCUCCUCAGCAAGACUCCGCUGCCCUCUUCCUCCUCCAGGCCUCUCCUCCUUCGUCCCUUCGCGGUGCCUCAGCAGCACCAACAACACCACCAACAAACAGCCUUCCUUCCUGACUGGACUUCAACAAGACAUGGACUACAAAGUGAAUGACCCUGCUCUUAAAAGAGUAGCACUUGAUGUUAUCAAGUCACCCGAGGAUAAACGGGAGUAUCGUGGGCUAGAACUGGCAAAUGGCAUUAAGGCAAUGCUUAUUAGUGAUCCCACCACAGACAAAUCUUCAGCUGCACUUGAUGUACACAUAGGUUCAUUGUCUGAUCCCCCUAAUAUCGCUGGGUUAAGCCAUUUUUGUGAACAUAUGCUGUUCUUGGGAACUGAAAAAUACCCCAAAGAAAAUGAGUACAGCCAGUUUCUCAGCGAACACGCAGGGAGUUCAAAUGCCUUUACAAGUGGAGAGCACACCAACUAUUACUUUGAUGUAUCACAUGAACAUUUAGAAGGUGCCCUGGAUAGAUUUGCCCAGUUUUUCUUGUGUCCUCUGUUUGAUGAAAGCUGCAAAGACCGAGAAGUGAAUGCUGUUGAUUCUGAGCACGAGAAGAAUUUAAUGAACGAUGCUUGGAGGUUGUUUCAGCUAGAAAAGGCAACUGGAAAUCCCAAUCAUCCCUUCAGCAAAUUUGGCACAGGAAACAAACUAACUUUGGAAACUAGACCAAAUCAAGAAGGAAUAGAUGUAAGGCAAGAACUGCUGAAGUUUCAUUCAACUUAUUAUUCAUCAAAUUUAAUGGCUGUCUGUGUUCUAGGACGAGAAUCUCUAGAUGAGCUAACCAAUUUGAUAGUAAAACUAUUUUCUGAAGUAGAGAACAAAAACGUUCCAUUACCUGAAUUCCCUGAACAUCCUUUCCAGCAGGAACAUCUCCGGCAACUGUACAAAGUGGUACCUAUUAAAGAUAUUAGAAAUCUUUACGUCACAUUUCCAAUACCAGACCUUCAGAAGUACUAUAAAUCUAACCCUGGCCAUUAUCUUGGGCAUCUUAUUGGGCAUGAAGGUCCAGGAAGUCUUUUAUCAGAACUGAAAUCUAAAGGCUGGGUAAAUACGUUGGUUGGAGGUCAAAAAGAAGGUGCUAGAGGCUUCAUGUUUUUCAUCAUUAAUGUUGAUCUUACUGAAGAAGGACUUUUGCACGUGGAAGAUAUCAUUUUGCACAUGUUUCAGUAUAUACAAAAGCUGCGUACAGAAGGACCGCAAGAAUGGGUUUUUCAAGAAUGCAAGGACCUAAAUGCUGUCGCCUUCAGGUUUAAAGAUAAGGAAAGACCCCGAGGUUAUACAUCAAAACUUGCAGGGAUGCUGCAUUAUUAUCCCAUUGAAGAAGUUCUUGCAGCUGAAUAUUUACUUGAAGAAUUUAGGCCUGAUCUAAUAGAAAUGGUAUUGGAUAAACUGAGACCUGAAAAUGUCCGGGUUGCAAUAGUCUCUAAGACUUUUGAAGGAAAAACUGAUAAAACAGAACAAUGGUAUGGAACCCAGUACAAACAAGAAGCAAUUUCUGAUGAAGUCGUUAAGAAAUGGCAAAAUGCUGACCUUAAUGGAAAAUUCAAGCUCCCAAUGAAGAAUGAAUUCAUUCCUACUAACUUUGAAAUAAUACCUUUAGAGAAGGAUGCACCACAGUACCCUACUCUUAUUAAGGACACUGCUAUGAGCAAACUGUGGUUCAAACAAGAUGAUAAAUUUUUCUUACCCAAAGCUUGUCUCAACUUUGAAUUUUUCAGUCGCUACCUUUAUGCUGACCCUCUCCAUUGCAACAUGACAUACCUGUUAAUCAGGUUAUUGAAGGAUGAUUUAAAAGAGUAUACAUAUGCAGCACGCCUCUCAGGUUUGGUCUAUGCCAUUGCAUCAGGAAUGAAUGCAAUACUUCUGUCCGUGAAGGGUUACAAUGACAAGCAGCAUAUCCUACUGAAGAAGAUUAUUGAGAAAAUGGCCACUUUUGAGAUUGAUGAAAAAAGAUUUGAAAUUAUCAAGGAGGCGUAUAUGCGAUCGCUUAACAACUUCCGAGCUGAACAGCCCCACCAGCAUGCCAUGUAUUACCUUCGGCUAUUAAUGACAGAAGUUGCCUGGACCAAAGAUGAAUUAAAAGAAGCUUUAGAUGAUGUCACUCUUCCCCGCCUCAAGGCCUUUAUUUCUCAGCUGUUGUCACGGUUACACAUUGAAGCACUUCUCCAUGGCAAUAUAACAAAACAGGCUGCGCUAGGAAUGAUGCAGAUGGUUGAAGACACCCUCAUUGAGCAUGCUCACACAAAACCCCUGCUUCCCAGUCAGCUAGUACGAUACAGAGAAGUGCAGCUGCCUGACAGAGGUUGGUUCGUCUAUCAACAGAGGAAUGAAGUUCAUAAUAAUUGCGGCAUAGAAAUAUAUUAUCAAACAGAUAUGCAAAGCACGUCAGAGAAUAUGUUUUUGGAACUUUUCUGUCAGAUUAUCUCAGAGCCUUGCUUCAAUACCCUGCGGACUAAGGAGCAGCUAGGGUACAUUGUGUUCAGUGGUCCACGAAGAGCUAAUGGUAUCCAAGGACUGCGAUUUAUCAUCCAGUCAGAAAAGCCUCCACACUAUUUGGAGAGCAGGGUUGAAGCGUUCUUAAAAACCAUGGAGAAGUGUGUAGAAGAGAUGUCAGAAGAAGCAUUUCAAAAGCAUAUCCAGGCUUUAGCAAUUCGUCGCCUUGACAAACCAAAGAAACUGUCUGCCGAGUGUGCAAAAUACUGGGGAGAAAUAAUUUCUCAGCAAUAUAACUUUGACAGAGAUAACAUUGAAGUGGCAUUUCUCAAAACUCUUACAAAGGAUAACAUAAUGCACUUUUAUAAGGAUUUGUUGGCAAUAGAUGCUCCAAGAAGGCACAAAGUAUCUGUACAUGUAUUAGCAAGGGAGAUGGAUUCGUGUCCUGUUGUGGGAGAAUUUCCAUGCCAAAACGAUGUAAACCUGGCACCAGCACCAGCACUGCCACAGCCAGACGUGAUUCAGAACAUGACGGAGUUCAAGCGCAGUCUACCCCUCUUCCCUCUGGUGAAACCUCAUAUCAAUUUCAUGGCUGCAAAACUGUGAAGACAGCCUGGGCGAAGAACUGGAAGUGGAUCAUUCUUGUGUGACUGCAGUGGGUUUUCAUAAUGAGCAAGCUUCUUAAAUUGUUAUUUGGACAAACUGUCCCAAUAUGAGGGUCCCUGAUUCCUUCUAAGUUCAUUCAGCAUCAAUGGUGUGAUAAGGAUCCAGCAAAUUAGGCAAAUAGGCCGUAGUCAUAUGUCAUGUUUAUUGUAGAGCCUCUCUUGGAGACCCAAAUCAAGUGGUAUAUUCAAAGGUCUGUGUAGGUAUGGUAUAUUUAACAAUAGUGUGGCCCUUCAACAAUUUUGUUUGCAAAAUGGAAUAUGAAGAAGCGUUCUGGACAGACUGGUUUUACUUUAAAGGCUCUUCCUUUUCCUACAAGUGGUCAUUAAUCUUAAACAUUUGGGGAGUUUAUUUUAUUGGAUGUGGAGAAACAAAACAUUAUUAAAAGACACAUAGUAAUAUUUUUUAAAGAGAGAGCAUGGAAUGGAAUUUUUAUUUUAAAAAGAAAUGAUCCUCAGAGGCAGCCAAGUCCUUUGGUUCUGCAUAAAAAUCUGAUGAAAUUAGUAAAAUGCCAACAGAUGUCUUCAAUAUAAGAGGAGUUGCUAGGAUAUACUUUUAAUCUUUAUACACAAUUGGGGAUGUUUUAUAUUCAGACUAGUAAAAUGCUGGAAACACUUGGUUAGCUAUCUUUUUUCUUACUAAGAGUUAUCUUCUGUUAUAGCCCUUGCAUUUUCUCAGGGUUACUCAGAUAAUCGCAGAUAAUAUUUCUUUUUAUUUACAUAAAUGAAUUGAUUUUCUUCCAGUUAUUCGUUUACUGAUUUAGAUCCCUUUAGGGCCGCCCUCACUUUGUUUCGAAUGGGCAACCUGCCAAAAUGUGGCAGUGGAUUUUAAGAUAUUUAAAACGUGGACAUGAGACAUACUUCCAAGCUGGUAGAUACAACUGAGAUCUUAGCAUUUGUCACCAAAACACAGCUAUGCCUGGAUCCCAGAGCUGCAUUAUUUGAAUGUCCGGUGCUAGUUAUACUUCUUACAACAUCAGAAUAUUGGUUCCAUUAAGCAUUAUGCACCAUAAUCCUCAUCUACCAUUCUUUUCUUAUCUUGAUUAAAGUUUUCAAGGUAUACAGACAUGUCUUUCAGCCUUCAGUAAUAAUAAUAAUAUACUUUAUUUAUAUUCCGCUCUAUCGCCCCGAGGAGACUCAGAGGGAAUUACAGGUACAUAUAUGACAAACAUUCAAUGCCGUUAUUCAGUUGACAGGGACAGAUAGUACAUAAAUGGAGGCAAGGCUUCCCUCUUUUCAUCUCCGGGAUCCGGCUGUGCUCGAGUCAGCCAUGUUGUUUCAUUUUCCAUGGGAAGGAGCAUGUCAUCCAUGGACUCCUUUCCUGGUCGGUUUUUUGCCGGCAUGUUUUUCAGGGUGCCUUUUACCUCCCCGCCAAAGCAGUACCUAUUUAUCUACUGACAUUGUUUUCAAAUUUCUAGGUGAGCAGAAGCUGGACUAAUGGCAAGAGCUCACCCCGACCCGGGCUUGAACUGCCAAUCUUCCGGUGGGCAGGUGGUUUAUACCGCUGUUCUAGACCAGCCCUACGUGUGCUAGCCCGGUAGUACUGAAAGUGAGGAAGACAAUGUACAGCUACAUUGUUAGAUCAUGUCAGCAGUUACAUAUUAUAGUCAUGAUACAACAUGAAAUUGAACCUUAAAAUCUUUCAAACACUGGUUUGAUGCUUUGCCGUUGUCAUCUUCUGGAACUUCAUGUAUCCGAAAUGCCAGUCAUAGCACAAAAUGGCGGCCGAUUUGGGAUACAAAACAACAGACUUAACAGCAAUGGUUUUCUUGGAAUACAGCACAACUAAAGAAGCUUUGUAUUCAAAAUUUUAAAAAUGAAAAUGAUAACAGAGGUUUCAAUCUUUUUUUAGUCUUCAGUCUAUACUGAAUGGUGGCUAUGACACUAAAAGCACACAGAGAAUGAUCAGGUGCUGAUGAAUUCAUCAAAAUGAUUUGGAGGAGAAAAAGCACUUGCAUUUACUGAUGUAUUUUUUUCAGAUAUUUACUCUCCUUGAGUUCAUUACAUAGGUUCAAAGGUCUGAACAUUCAGGACAGGGGGAUCCAUCAGGAAAAGUCUUAAAAACAUGAUGGAUUUCUAGACCUAGCUUGCCUUUCUAAGAGAAAUUGUGCCUCUUUAGAAAUCUGACCUGUGUAGUACUCCUGUAUUCAAUGCAUUAAUUACCUCCUAUGUCGGAUCUGGCUGUAUUAUGGUGAUUUUGGCUGUACCACCCACUCAUCUCAUCAUACAUUAAUUGCCUUGUUAAUUGACAGAAGAAGAAUGUCAACUUCCUGAAAACAGAGAUAUGAUGCCCAAGUAGGAAAUAAACAGCCACUCUUAGGACACAGACUUGACCUCUGUCCUAUCUUGUAGUAGAAAGUGUUACAACACUGCUUGGUUUCACCCUGUUAAGUUUGAAAACCUCUCCCAGCUCUUACGGCAAGAAGAGGGCGAUUGGAAGACAGAACUAGGCCAAGAUUUCUCCAGGGUUUGUCUGUGUGUGUGUGCUGCUGAAGGUCAGCCUUUCAUGCCUUUCAGUUCAGUAUUCAUUAUAGCUGUCUUCAUGGUAAAGAGGUUAUCUGACGGGUAACAGGUUUUUUUCAACAUGCGGGGAAAAAAACAAUCUGACAGCAUGCUGAGCAAUCGAUGGACGUCUUCACCAAUUGACAACUGGCAUAAUGUAUUGAAAUUGCCACGCACGCCAUGGAUUUGUACUCUGAAUUUGGAUGCUAUCGUAUGAUUAUGCUGCGAUGUUUAAAUAAACAUGUAGUUUUAUUUAUGGAACGCAAGCUUUGGCAGGAGAAUUGGGGAUUAAUCAUGCAAGUAUUGUUCACAUGUCAAAUCAAAGGAUUGGUGCUGAGGAGGGAAUCUGCUGGAAAAUUAUAUCGCACAAGGCAGGGAGAGUGAUACAGGAGCGGUGCUUAGAGACUGUUGAUAGGAAGACUGGACCAAGGAAGUUUUGAUUCAUCUCUCAGAAGACAAUUUGUCACAAAUAGAUUCAGUCAUUUUUUAGGGGAGGUGUGAGAAUCGGUGACCUUCCAGAGGGAAUCUUUGGACUAUAGCUGCUGACACCCACGUUCUUCAUUCUAUCCUCCUGACCAAAAGUCAGGAUUGAUGGGAAUGAUAUCCUAGUGAUUUCUGGAGGUUCCUUACCCCUGUUUAGGAGAGCAUUCAAAGUUGUGAUGCUGUCAGCUUUCGUGAAAACAUUUUUUGCGGAGAGAAUGUGUUGGUUUUUUCUCUAGUAGAAAUUUGGGUAUUGAUAAUGGCAGUUGUAUUCCCAAAAAAUGACUAUAGAAUUAUUCCGGAUCUUUGAUUGGAGGAUCAGAAUAAAUUCAUUGGAAAACAUGCUGUUUUACAAGCUGUUAGUAAAAACCAGUCACCAUUUCUUUACUUAUGGAAUCCUAUCAGAGUUAACUUUACAGUUGUAUUCUCUUUCUCCGAAAUGUUCAACAGAUUUUUGUGUGUCUCCUUGUUUGGUUCACAAUAACUUUUGUAGCUGUUUUUAAUGAGAGAACUGGAAUGCACAUUUCAAAAUGACGUAUUUUGAGAUUUGACGUUUCAGUAAAUACGGUGGCCAAGAACUAUGAGCAACUGAUAAUAGCAAAUCAGUUUGUGAAAUAAAAGAUAAUUCUUAAUUUAUUCAAGUAACUCAACACUGAGUUUAUAUUAUAACUUGCACAAUCAUAUCAGAUGAUUCCAGCGCAAGAGAAAACCUUUUAUAUUUACAUAACAGGUCACUUGGUUUUCAGUUAGACUGGCAGGCUUCCGAAGUGAUUUUUCAAUUUGCGGAAAAUAAAUGUUUGCCAGCCUAAUAUUAAAUAUUGGUGCUAGGAUUAUAAGAUAACACAGGCAAUGCUUCCUUCUUUGUGACACCACAUUCGCAUAGUAUGCACCAAAUAUUCAUACUUGUUAUUACCUUUCGAGGAAUGUGGAACCUGGGCCCCAGAGAUGGCCGUUCAGACAAGCAAAGAAAGCCCUCUGGAUGCACACAAUGUUGGCACCUUUGGUGCCAAAUAGGAUGCCACUCUGAAAGGCGGGAUAGCUUUUUGGGAAGGACUAGAAUGGUGGUUCUCCACCUGUGGGUCCCCAAGUGUUUUGGCCUACAAUUCCCAUAAAUCCCAGCCAGUUUACCAGCUGUUAGGAUUUCUGGGAGUUGAAGGCCAAAAUAUUUGGGGACCCACAGGUUGAGAAGCACUGGACUAGGAGGAGGAGCACUGAAGAGGUCCCAAUAUGCCAACAUCACUUUCCCUGUGAUCUUCUUUCCUCAUUCAUUUUUACUGCCUGUAUUCCAUACAUUAAUGGAAUGCCCAUGAUAAACCAUCAAUAAUACGAUAAGCCUUAUUUUAAAAAUACCAUGAAUUCAGCGUGUCCAUGUGCUAGGAACACAAUGUGUCUAUUAGCAAUAUUCAGUUUCUUUUUUUAAAAGUGUUCUCCAGCAUUUUAUAGUUUGAGUUUGGUAGAACAAUGCAGUUUGAUAACUCAGGCAUAUCAGUGGAUUCUCUCCAGUAGAUCCAAAGCUGCAGUGUCAACAAGCAAUAAUAGACUACCUAGAGUACACUGUAAUUCCAUUUUAGUGCUCGUUAACAACAUUUGUGUAACCAACCAUCAAUUAUGACUAGAUUACUGUAAUUUUUGCAAGUGCUAUUUUGAGCAGUUGAUGUGGAAUUGGGUGCAUGUUGACAUAGUAUGGCGGAGUGUUUGUCAUACUCUUGACAAUAAACAAUCUGAAUACAA